ACAAAUGACAGAAUCCUUGGAAACGUCUUCCGGCUGCCUGUUACAAGAUUUACGUCGCCUGUCAUUCAUUUUCAAAUCUUAGCAUUAUUGAAUGUGAAUAUUUGCAAUGCAGGCUCUCACACCUCACGUGUACUGGGCGCAGCGGCAUGGGGAGAUAUAUCUGCGAGUGGAGAUCAGUGAUGCACAGAAUCUCAGUAUUGGUGUAGAAGAGAACAUCCUUCACUUCAAAGGUCAAGGGCAUGGAGCGAAAGGAGAAAAUGAAUAUGAAUUCAGCCUGGAAUUCCUAAAACUUGUUAAACCUGAGGUAAAACACAAAUCCACUCAGCGGCAGGUGAAUAUCACGGUAAAGAAGCCGGAGCACGUCUGGUGGGAUCGGCUCACUAAGCAAGAGAAGAAGCCUCUGUUUUUAGCACCUGAUUUUGACCGCUGGCUGGAUGAGUCAGAUGCAGAAAUGGAGCUCAGAGAGAAGGAAGAGAAAAUAAACAAAGUCAGCAUUGAGUCAAGGGUUCGUAAGGACCCUUUUCUUGGCUUGAAAAAAGGUUUUCUCUUUAUGUACAAUUUGGUCCAGUUCCUCGGUUAUUCCUGGAUAUUUGUCAACAUGACUGUACGUCUGUUCAUACUUGGGCAAGAUUCUUUCUACGACACAUUUCAUACCAUUGCAGACGUGAUGUACUUCUGUCAGAUGCUGGCAAUAAUGGAGGUUAUUAAUCCUGCUGUUGGGUUGGUUAAGACAGGAGUCAUGCCUGCUUUCAUUCAGGUGAUGGGGAGAAACUUCAUCCUUUUUGUCAUAUUUGGUACUUUAGAGGAUAUGCAGAACAAGCCAGUGGUCUUCUUUGUCUUCUAUCUGUGGAGUAUAAUUGAGAUAUUCAGGUAUCCUUUCUACAUGUUGGCCUGCAUUGAUACGGAAUGGAAGUUGUUGACUUGGUUGAGAUACACCAUAUGGAUACCCCUGUACCCUCUUGGAGUGCUAGCUGAAGCUGUGGCGCUGAUCCAGUCCAUCCCCAUCUUCGAUGAAACCAAACUCCUCAGUAUCCCUCUGCCUAAAGCCAUUGGCAUGUCUCUCAGCUUCUCCUACAUCCUGCAGCUCUACCUGGUGAUCAUGUUCCUGGGCCUCUUCAUCAACUUCCGCCACCUCUUCAAGCAGAGGAGUAGACGGUUUCGCACAAAAAAGAGGAAAGCCAACUGAGGGGAAGGUGAAGCCACAUGCUUCAUUCUCCAUGUGUGUCUCUGUUUUUGUUCGAUUUAAUUUGCCACCUCCAUUUUCUUUCUUUACAUUUGCCCUCUGUCACAGAGAAGUCAUUAUUGAGGGAAAACUAUUUCUCUUUUAAACACCCAAGUCAAAUUCAUUUACUUUCUACAUACUGAAAUACUGAAGGAAGUUGUAGAGGAUAAAGAUGACUAAUUUAAAACACUAGAAAGAAGUAUCUUAUCAAAUAAUUCUAACCCAGGACCAUGAAGGUAUUUAUACAUUGCAUCAUUCCAUCUAUAUGCAGUAUGUUUGCGUGCUUGUAGUAGAUUAGCUGUGUGUCAGACUUAAAGAAGCAACAUUUUAUUUUCCUGUCAUUCCCUGAGAUGUGUUGUAGUAGUUGACAGAGCACUGACAACAACAACAUAGACCAUGAACCUCAAGGAAAACGUCAUGAAGCAUUCAAGUCACAUGAGAAGAGCCAAUUCAGUGUUGUUGGAUGUGGAAUCUGGACAUGAAUGUGUAAAUGCAACUGUUAAAUAUUUAAUUAAAUUUCAAUGAAACAAAACAUUUUCAGAUGACUACCAUUAGGCAUAAACUACAGGCAGUUUAAUUUUUAUUGGUCAUUGUUAGAAAAAGUUAUUUACAUAAACAGUUGUUGGUCUGAAAACAGAUUCCAAAGUCUCCAAAUGCAUUUUCUUGGAAAAAA